UGAACAGACCUGAAGCCUAGCGCUGAGCCCUGACCGGCCAAAGGCCCUCACCAACUGGCCAAAAUGGCCUAAAGCAUAAGCAACUCUAGGAAAAAAAAUACAUACAUACAUACAUACAUACAUACAGAAGAAAAGAAUACAUCUUUGCUUAUCCUCUUGAUGAGAGGCCUACACAUGCUUUCGGCCAGACAUCGGCUAUGUGCAGGGCAUGAGUUAUUUGGCCGCAAUGCUUUUGCUUUAUCUUCCAUCUUACCAAGCCUUUGUGGGGCUUUGCAAUCUCCUGAACACACCUUCCGUACUGGGUCUCUAUCGGCUGGAGCCACAAGCUGUGGCAUGCCGUGCCCGGGUCUUUGAGCAGCUUUGCAGCCAACAGCUGCCAGCUGUGUCGAGAUGUAUCCGAAGCGUGGGUCUCACACCGGAGAUGUUUCUGAUCGAUUGGUUCUUGACGCUCUUCGUGAAGUGCCUCACCGUGGACGUGGCCUCGGUGGUCUGGGACCUCUUCCUUCUGGAUGGCGAGGUGGUUCUCUACUGCACCGCGAUCGCCAUCCUGCGAAUCCUGGAGGAUCGGAUUCUCCACCCAGAUGGCCGACGGGGCGCGAAAGCGGCGGCACCAGACCUUGAAAGCUGCUGUCGAGUGCUCAACGAGGAGUUGCGAAAUCGAGUCAAUGAUCCAGAUGAUCUGCUCUGGCACAUUGAUCAGGUUCGCAGGAAAGCUCCGCAGAGGAUUUGCGCGGAGAUCCGUGCCAUUGAAAAUACGGAGUUUGGCACUGGACAAAGAAUUUCCGGCAGAUAAAUAACUUGCUUAUUUGUCCUAUAUAACAUUCAUAUCUAUAUGGAAGGACCGGAGAACCCCACCAACGAAAAGUAGAG